CAGCACCGUAGAAACCCUAUCGGUAGUAUCUGAAAAGGCGAGCUCCCAAAAGCUCAAAUGUUUCAAAUCGCUUCUGGAUUCUACGCCUGCCCGUUUAUAACGGUUUUUCCCUCCCUCUCUUUCAUACCGUCCGAAACCGGAAGCGCCGCGGAGAAACCGGAAGCGGGUGCUUGACUUAGGGCGGAGGGCCGGGCCAGCGUUGCCAGGAGUCCUGGCCGCGUCGCGGAACGCUUCGGCGGGCUGGGAGCGCGCUCUGCCCGGCUGGGGGACGCAGACGCCCGCCUGGCCCUGCCGUUCCUGAGCCUAACCAAAACGAGAUGGAGGACUACGACACGUUUUGUGCGAAGCGCCUGGCGAGGCUCCAAGGAGAUCCGCUGCAGGGAGAGACGCCCCCAGCUCCUCAGCACAAUAACAUUUCCCUGAUACAGUUCCGUGGCGUCCCUGUGCUUCCUCCUCUGCUUAGCCUUGAAAGGAGAAAGGAAAUCCAGCAAGACAGACUGAAAGCUCUGGAUCUUGAACUCUGGAGGCAAAAUUCCAGGAAAAGCCUUUUGUUGAAUCGUGUUCAAGAGAUUCUGGAAAAUGUGCAGAUGAAGAAAUUGUCCAGUCCAGGUGAUUUAGAUCCUUCGGGGACGGAGAAGACGUGUUCCGCUUUAGAACCUCAAGUGAUUAAUGGCUUCAUAACUGAAUCUAACGGCAUUUCACCAAACUCUGCUGCUCUUUGUGAUUCUUCAGAGCCUGAAAAGACACUGGUAGCUAAGCCAGCAGAUACCCUGGUUGAAUCUGGUGGAAACCUACUUGGAGAAACUGAACGGCUUAUACCUGAUAAACAAAAGAAUGCUUACCCCAGCUUGUCUGAAAAGAGGGUUUGCUCAGAAAGUUCCUUCGCCUUUCCAGGAGAUUCACUUUCUUCCACUGAGACUGCAAAGCAAGAGGACGUCGACUCGGGGCAGGCUGCCAUUGCAACUCCGGACCCCUACAUAACGAGCCUUCAGAAUCUCUUGAAAAAAUCCAGGGAAUACAUACAGAGAGAACAAAGCCGGCGUAGCAUGAGGAGCAGUUCGAAGAGAAGCCUCAGCGAAAGCCUUUCUGAUAAAGAAAACGAUACAGUGAAAGACUCCAUGAAAGAGAAAGGAAAGUUCAUGGGCCGGAGUUACAUGGCAGCGACGCUUGAAAAGCCAAACCUUACUUCUCUGCAAGGUACCUCUGCCCCCAAAAAUAGCACAAGGGUUGUAGCCUCGCCCAGUUUCUCCAAAGCGGACAUACCCAUGAGAUCCGGGACCCCACCCGCGCUGGAUUCUGAUUCAGACGAAGACUUCAAAAAUGCCUCUCUGUUUGAUCGCGACAGCAGCAUCCUCCGAAGCCUGACAGGUUCUUAUUCGAAGUUGCCCAGCCCCGAGCCAAGCAUGAGCCCCAAAAUGCACAGGAGGCGCCCAAGACCUUCUUCAGUGGGGCACAUCGUCAUUAACAACCCAAUAAACGCCUUCGACUUAAGCCCCAAUGAAAAGGGGAGGGCUGUGGGCUUGAUCGGCCACCCUGCGGGUGACAGCGCGUUUGCCUCCGACCCCGUGCCAAAACUGACUCCAGACUUUGCUCCAGUUUGCUCUGGCAGUACUCGCGCUUUCAGCAUGAGCACUUUGGAUGUCUCUGAUGAACUGGCAGGUGUCAAACAGAACCAAGUCUGUCAGCCUCCUGGCAACCAGCAAGAAAGUGCAGGGUUUCCCACCAGUGCUUUGGCUGGAGGAGACGUUGUUAUGCUGGAUGGCAGAGGGAUAUCCCCUGCCGGCUUUUCAACCCCGAGCCUGCAAGGGCCCCCUGCAACUGGUGACCCUGUUGCCGUGCAAAACACAGCCAGCAUCGGUGGAGCCAAGCAAGCCGGUUUGCUCGACAAAGCCAAAUGUAGCGCAGCCACGGAACUUAACAAAUCCUACGAUGUGGAAAGCCCGUCCCCUUUGCUGAUGCAAACACAGCCCCUGCCCCAGAUGAACACCCCAAACGCGGGAAGUGAUCAGGCCUCAGAAAACGGCUUUGAAAAGGUAAAGCGGAGGCUCAAACUGGACUCAGACGGCGUGCAGAAGGAAAACAUGCCUUGCGCUCCCAGGGGAGGCGCCAGCGAGCCUCAGAAACACGACCAGAGACAUUCUGGGGGACCUGCCAGAAACGAGAUGGACGGCAGAGAUUCCAGGGAAGAGGAGGCUGUGCAAAUAAAAGUGCUGGCUCUGGAAGAAAUGAGGAAAAGACUGGAAGAACAGCACGCUCAGCAACUGUCCUUCCUGAUUGCAGAGCAAGAGCGAGAACAGGAAAGGCUGCAAAAGGAGAUUGAAGAGCAAGAGAGAAGGCUUAAAGGGGAGAAGGCUGCCUUAUCUGGAACGGAGAUCCUUCAGAUUGCUGUCAGCAGUGGGAUGGAUUUGCAAUGGCGAAAGAUCAGCGAUACCCUCUUUUUUGAAUCAGUGCUGACUCAAGUGGAAACACUGCAUAACUCUGAGAGCACAGGGCUUGUCAGCGCCAAGCCUGGCUCAACAGCUGACUCUCCGUUCUACCUCUGGGAACCGCCAGCAAAUGCAAAGCUGACUUCAGCAACCAGGUUGAUUAACAGGAGCAAAAUGAGGUGGUCUCAGGUGUAUAGUCACGAGAUGAAGAAGAAGUUAAAUAAGAUCUCUGCUCUGGCCAAGGGAUUUCUGACGCGCAGACUCUUGCAGACGGAGAAACUGAAGCACCUCCGGCAAACGGUCCAAGAUACAAGGGAGUUCAUUAGAAACUUCCAGACAGAAGCACCGUUGAAGAGAGGAACCGUCUCUGCUCAAGACGCUUCUUUGCAAGAACGAGUGGCGGCUCAGCUCAGAGCAGCCUUGUACGAUAUUCACGAUAUAUUCUUCAAAGUGGAAGUGUCUGAGAGGAUGGGUAUCUUGAGUCACGAUCGGGAAGUACGCAAAGAAAAAAUGCUGCGACAACUGGAUAAAGCUAAAACUCCUAGAGAGAGAGUGGUGCUUUCUACAGCCACCCAGAAGUCUCUGGACAGGAAGAAAUACAUGAAGGCUGCAGACAUGGGCAUGCCAAACAAAAGAACCAUAGUGAAGCAAAAGACGCCGGAAAACAGAGUUCUUCAGCCAAAUCAGGGACAGAACGCUCCCAUUCAAAGACUCCUUUCCAGACAAGGAACCUCUAAAACCUCAGUGAAGGGGGCUGAGCAAAAUAGAAAGAAGCCCUCAGAGAGCAGAGUGUCUAACAAGGCCCACUCAGGUGUGUAAAAAUGGGUGCUUGGAUCACAUUUAACAAGGAAAAGAGAGUAUAUGCAGGAAGAAUCCAAAGAAAGAAGCCAAGUGUUGUGACAACUUAAGGCGACAGCAUUCUCUGGGCUAAAGGAGGCAGCUUAGAUUUAUCUGUACAUGUCCGGCAUUGGUUGAGAUCUUCCGGCGGCUACAUGUGUGGAUAACUUUAAAUGAGGAAGGAUAUGCUUUGUGACACUCUGCGAAGAUGUCUGAAAGAUGUUUUAUGGAGCGGAAAAUGAAUGAGGCAGCGGACUUAAACAUUUAUUCUGCAUGUUCUAACUCUCCUGUAGAAACAGCUCCAUGCGUAUACCAGUAGCAUACAUUGCACAGCCUCAGGAAGAACGUUAUACUGUAAUUUUGCUGAUUUUGUUUUGCAAAUUUGUAUCUAAACUGCACUGUUUAAUUAUGUUAUUUUUUAAAUUGUUUAUGGACAUGACAGCGGCCUUCAUAAACUUCUGUUCAAGAGUUUCCAAAGAGAAGAUUGGCAACCAUUAAGACUUUGGUGUAACCACAUAAGGCCUUGCUUUUUCCCCUCCGAAAAUCCCAUGGGGCUGAUCUAGCUUUAAUUGCCAAGAUGUCGGUUUAAGCAUUAGAUGCUGCUGCUUACCUGGCAUGGGUCCUGGCAUGCUGGCUUUACUUCCUUCCUGUCGCGGCCUCGCUUCCGGCAUGCUGUGCAAACUUUGUUCCAACACCUGGCCUCUGAACGUGUUUUAAUGUGCUGUUCUCAGCCGUGAAUCCUUAAGAGCUCGAUUCAUUUGCUGCGGAAUCGGCAGUCACCAGGUCAAUGCUUUGCUGAUCCUUCAGCAAAUCUGAAAGGGAAAAGUUUUGAAAAAUAAAAAUGUUAACAAUGACAGUUUAGAUUUUUUUCCUGUUAUUUAAAUUGCUUUAAAAAAAAGAACCAGUGUCUUAUUUUGUAUUUUUCUCUUUAAAAAAAAAGAAAAAAAAGCUGAUAUUUGGAUAGGUUUUUUUGAAGAGGAAUUUUGACUUGUUCAUGGAAGAACAUUGGGACAAAGCCUUUUCCCCCCUUACAAUCCUAAAGCAUUCUAGUAGGUCUUUAUUAAGAGUGACUUGGAAUAGUUACCGGAGUACUGAAUAGUGUUCAGAAAUGCAUGGUGUCUCAAAUAGCUUUGGCUUUUAAUACACUGCUUGUUUUCAUAGGAAGUAUAAACUUUUAAACCACCCAAACCAUGGCUGAAAAAAGGAUUUGAUUAUUGCAAAGUUGCCCGUUGGUGAUGAGCUGCUUCAUUAUCACAAAGAUUGAACGAAACAGUUCAUCUCUCCGAAUGUGUAUAUACCUUAUCUGGUAAUUGUGCUGUUAAGUUGUUUUUUUUUAACAUGUGAAAUGCCUAGAGAUCGGUGAAAUGUGAAUGUCAAACUGGUAGCAAUAUUAUGCUUCUGUUGGAAACUUCAAACCUGACAACAUUACAGUGGAACUGAAAACAUUAGACAACACACUAUUGUAACGAUGAAACUGGAUGGAAACUUCAUCCUGUCGUUUAAUCAGCUGAUUAUGGAGGGGUGACUGGAAACCUACUGUUGGGCAUGUUCAAAUGCCCUGUCCUUACGUAUCAUGCAGUAUUUUGGGACUCUUGGUUUUGAGAGCAGCAGUGCCGGGCAGAAAAGAACAACUUCUGCAAGCCACGAUCAAUUUCAGCGGAUUCUUACAGCACAAUGUAAGGCUUCUUUUCAGAUGCUACUUAAUGGCUUAACUUACACGGCACAAUGCAAGCAUAUCUGAUUUUUUUGGAUUCCCAAAUAGUUUUUAAGGCUUAGAGUGCUUCAUAAUGCCUUCUGCAUGACUUGAAUAUUUUCCUUAGAUGUGUCCACAAAGGGGUGGUUGAAGAACCCCUAUUGGCAAGCUUAAUACAAGGAAUUAUCUUCCAAGUUAACCUACAGCUUACUUGAUGAACUGAUGCUAAAAAAAUACUGAGAUCUUGUUUGUAAAUCUGUUUGUAUUUGUUGUGGUGGUAAAUUUUGUUUAGACUAUAAGUAGAAGCAAGUUUCAACCUGACUUGAAAAUAUACGGCCCAGUUAAUUUUUCUCCAGGUAUCCUACGUACACUAUUUUUCUUUUUUAAUUUGAAAGUUUGUACUAAAAUGUCAAUUUUUUAACUGUCGUGAAGCUUUCUAUUUACAAGUGCCAGGACUUUUACAAAUAAUUUGAUGUUUUGUAUUUAUUGUAAUUUUCAGUUCAGUUUUUUUAUUUUUGAGUGGAAUGUAAUAUAUUAAAGUGGUAUUUUUGUACUUUUUGGUUGUCCUUUCUUGCUCUUGGUUUUUUUCUUAAGAAUAUUGCACAAUAAACCUUUUUUAUCUUUAAAACA